UAUAUAUGCUUGUAGAAUUCAAAUUUGAUGACACUUACCCUAAUCAUUCUUUGGUUAGAAAAUUCAAAAAAUCUAGAUUAGGAAGGUCUUUUCUUUAUCAAUUAGGCAAAUUUUCAGAGAAAGGGAUCAUACAGAGUCUGAAAAUCUUAUUUUUUGCUGAGGGAAUUCUGAUGGCUUUUGUCUUAAUUAGGCAUGAACAGGGGUAAUUGUUUAUAGUCAACAUGGUUAUACGAGGAAAUUAUGAUACUUGAUUUUGACUUGGAGAGAAAAUACGAGCUUCAAGGGACAAGGGCCAAACUUUUAAGAUAGAAUCAUAGUUUUUCAUUAAUGAGAUGAGUGUGCUUUUGUGGCUGCUGCUACUUUACAUCAUGUGUCGUAUGUGACUGGGAAAUUGGUCAUUGUACAUUUUGUGGGCACAAGCCAAUAGUUUUGAUUGGUAGUCUCGUGAAAAAAUGUUCAUACUAGUAUUAUAAUCUUUCAUUAUUUGUGACAACCUAUUACUGAGAAAGAUAUGUCCUCUGGGAUUUUCCUACUUCCGUUUUCAAAGCUCCCAAGUUGUUACAAUGUCAUUUAUUGAGUGGUUUUCCAUCAGCAUAUGCUGUUUUUGAGAAUCAAUCAAUGUUUUUUUGGCUUUCCAUAAGAGAGACAAAUGAUGGAAAGGAAAAGAAAACAAGGUUUUCUGGAAUAUUCUAGGGGUCACUUCAUUCUUUUUGGCUAAUGACUUUUUGUGUCUACUGUUACUUAUAUUUUAUCAUAUUCUGUUGGCCUAAACUCUAUCUUCAAUUCAUUGGUAGUUUAUAAACAUCAUUGUAGAAGAAAUAAGGAAUGUUCUUUUCCAUUUUAACUCUAGUUUCUUACACAUAACCUCUUUUGCAAUAUUUGACGGUGUGAUGAGUUUACUUUACAUGCAUUGCUGCUAUAAAGAACUUGUCACUGGAAACCACAGCUAUUUUAAAAAUGAACAAAUUUACUGGUCAUAACUGUUUGUUAUUGAUUAACAGUAUAAACGUUUACAUAUUCAGUCCUCUUGGCAAGGAGAAAGUUGAAUACUUCACUCUUCAAGACCUUUGGGACUGCUACUAUGAAUGGAGUGCAUAUGGUGCUGGUACUCCAGUGAUGUUGGAGGAUGGUGAAACUGUGACUCAGUACUAUGUUCCAUACCUAUCUGCUAUCCAAAUCUACAGCAACAAGUCUGUUGCAGCAUGUCGCAACCGGAGAGAGGAUAGUGAUGGAGUUGAAUUUGAAAGUGAUUCAUGGAGUGAGGAUAGUUCAAGUGAUAACCUUUCUAGAUCAUUGAGUAACAAUUCCAGCAAAUCUUGGGAGGAUGCUGUUUCUGAGGAUUCAUGCUGUGAUCAGGAGGGUUCCUGGCUAAGGGAUAACAAGCUUGGCCACCUUUACUUACAGUACACUGAGAUGGCUUCUCCUUACUCAAGGGUUCCUCUUGCUGAGAAGAUUGAUGAGUUAGCUCGAACCCAUCCUGCAUUACUGACAUUGAAGAGUGUGGAUCUUUCCCCAGCAAGUUGGAUGGCUGUUUCUUGGUACCCAAUUUAUACUGUCCCAAGCCGAAACAAUGAAAAGGAAUUGGAAGCAUGCUUCCUCACUUACCACACUCUGUCAUCAUCUUUCGAAGAUUGUGCAAUGGAGUGUGAUGAGAUGGAAAUAGGGAAUGAUCUAUGUUGUUCCAAAGAAGGAGAGAAGUGCAAGAAACAGAAAAGUGACCAUGUUUCUCUCCUGCCCUUUGGACUGGCUACAUACAAAAUGCAAGGAGAUGUUUGGCUAAACACUGACCCUUAUGACAAUGAGAGCAUAUCCUGUCUGUACAGUGCAGCAGACUCUUGGUUGAAACAGCUCAAUGUCCAUCACCAUGACUUCAACUUCUUCACAUUACAUUCCACCAUGUAAAUUGGCUGAGCUAUCACCAUCUUCAUCCUUCACUGACAUCACUUUGUUAGGCUCUGAACUCUGACACCGGCCUAAGAAAAAAUGGUUCCCCUGGAAACAUUCACAAACUGAGGAGUUAUAUCUCAAAAUAGAGUGUAUAACCCCAUGGAAUGUAGAGUUUUGUUAAGGGGGUGAGUUUUUUUACCUACCAUUUUUUUAAUAGUACUCUUUUUGAGUAAGGUUAUAACAGUUUGUUUUAGGUAACUGAACUGCCAUAAGUGUCUUGUACUAUAUACCUUUUCUUCUCCAAACUUUUGAUCAAUUACAAUCUUGUAUAUUUUGCUAUUUUCUGCACUUGUUGGUUUUAAAGAAGAAUCUGUUGUUUUAUUCUCUUCCCAUUGUCGAACUGUUGCUGUUUAAAAAGAACAACCAUUAUUGAAAAUGUAGUAUUAUCAAAGAAAGAAAAAUGUUCUUCUU